AUGAAUUCCUCAUCUUAUGGCUACAACAUGUCAACUGUUGUAACUUAUCGAGACUCUUACAGCACAGCUGUGGCCAAAAAUGUGAUUGUUCUGGCUCUUGGCCUAAUCAUCAAUUAUAUCAAUGGUACCCUGAUUCACACCUUCAGAAAACACCAGAUAUUUUAUGUGAAUCCUCGUUACAUCCUGUUCAUCCACCUGGUGGUGAACGAUAUGAUCCAGCUGACUACAACAAUAAGUCUGUUUGUUUCAAGUUAUAUCUUCUACAAAAUUAAUGUUUCCCUUUGUUGCCUGAUCCUUACCUUAGCUGUCUUCACCACCCUGAACACUCCGUUAAAUUUAGCUGUCAUGGCAGUGGAGUGCUACAUUGCUGUUUGUUUACCACUGCGGCACGCUGAGCUGUGUACAAUCAGAAGAACAUAUAUUCUGAUUGGAUGUAUUUGGGCCAUGAGUGCAGUCUCAAUCCUGCCAGAUGUGUUUAUUAUUUUUGCAACAGAGCCUGUUCAGUUGUUUUAUUCCACAAUUUUUUGUGAAAAGGAUAACCUUUUCCGACACCCUAUACACUUGAAAAAGAGGGACGUUUCCUAUAUAAUUUAUCUUGUUGGUGUUUGGCUCAUUCUCUUCUACACUUACAUCAGGAUCUUCUUAGCUGCUAAAGAUGCUAAAGCUGCUAAAUCAGCUGAUGGGAAUGCAAAGAAGACCAGAAAUACCAUCCUGCUCCAUGGCUUUCAGCUACUGUUGUGCAUGCUCACCUUUGUGGCUCCUGUGUUGAACAAGACUCUGUUCUACUGGUUUCCUAAACAUUAUUUACAUGUCAUCUUUAUUUCCUACAUCAUCAUCCAGAUAUCUCCCAGGUUUGUCAGUCCUAUUGUGUACGGGAUACGGGACAAGACAUUUAGACAGCAUUUGAAAAAGUAUCUGCUGUGUACAGCUAGAGCGAGCAUCAAACCGUAG